UCCCCACUACCCCAAGGGUCUCGCGAGCGCGCACGCGUGCAAAACUGCGUGGGAAUGGCUGUUUGUGUGAUCGAGGGGGUUGGGCCGCUCGGAGCGAGCGGUGAGCUGCAUGAGUUUGUAAUGUCCGCCAUGUUGGCCAUGGCGUAUUGAACCGUGGAGGAACAGCGGAGCCUAGGAAAAAAGAGACCGACAGAGAGCGACCGAGACCCGGGCCUGCCCGGCUCUGUUCGCGCUGCUACGGACCCGAGCCUGCUCUGAAUCGACCGGCUGACUCCUAGAGACCGUCACAGAUUCAUCCAUGAGAACUCGAGGCAGACCUGCUGUUAUUCCUAGCAGAUCGAAUAUAUUUAUGCUGCAUCUUUUAAUAUAAAAAUGAGUAAAUUGUCGUUUCGGGCGCGGGCGCUGGAUGCUAGCAAGCCUCUGCCCGUCUUCCGCUGCGAGGAUCUACCGGACCUGCACGAGUAUGCCUCAAUCAACCGGGCAGUGCCGCAGAUGCCGACUGGGAUGGAAAAAGAGGAGGAAUCGGAGCACCAUCUUCAGAGGGCAAUCUCGGCACAGCAGGUAUACGGCGAGAAGCGGGACAACAUGGUUAUCCCCGUCCCCGAGGCAGAGUGCAACAUCACGCACUACGAGUCCCUCUACCCCGGGGAGUUCAAGAUGCCAAAGCAGCUUAUUCACAUACAGCCUUUCAGUUUGGACACAGAGCAGCCAGACUACGACCUAGAUUCAGAGGACGAGACGUUUGUGAAUAAGCUGAAGAAGAAAAUGGAAAUCACAGCCCUGCAGUUCGAAGAAAUGAUAGACCGGCUGGAGAAAGGCAGUGGACAGCAGCUUGUGAGUCUCCAGGAAGCUAAACUGCUGCUGAAGGAGGACGACGAGCUGAUCAAGGAGGUGUUCGACUAUUGGAGCCGCAAAAGGAAAACAUGCAAGGGCGGCUCCCUCAUCCCUAACGUGAAGCAGGAGAAGAGGGAUGGCUCUAGCACCAGCGACCCCUACGUGGCCUUCCGUCGAAGGACGGAGAAGAUGCAGACCAGGAAGAACCGAAAGAAUGACGAGGCAUCGUACGAGAAGAUGCUGAAGCUGCGCCGGGACCUGAGCCGAGCUGUCACCAUCCUGGAGAUGAUCAAGAGGAGGGAGAAGAGCAAGAGGGAACUGCUGCACCUCACACUGGAAAUAGUGGAGAAGAGGAAUGUGAUGCCAGACUUUGGCAGCGAGGUGAUGGCAGAGGCCCUCGCUCAGCGAGCUCUGGUGAAGCCUGUCUACACGAUCCCUCUCAUUCCCUUAUCCAGCAGUAACCAGUACAGACACCAGGACCACUUGGAUAUGAAGGACUACAAAAAGCCGGAGAAGACGGAGGUAUUGCGACCCAAAAGGAAAUACGAAAAGAAACCCAAGAUCCCUCCUCUGUCUGCGCCUCCACAUUCAGGACCCUCGGUGUUCAAUCCCAAGGACCUCAACCAGUAUGAUUUCCCCAGCUCGGACGAAGAACCCUACUCACAGAUUCAUUCAGGUUCCUCGGAUGCAGAGGAGGAGAAUGACCCAGAUGGCUGCUAUGCGUUCAGGAGGAAGGCCGGCUGUCAGUACUACGCUCCUCGACCAGACCAGAGUGGUAGCUGGCCGUGGGUAAGCCCAUCAGAGGGAGGGGUUGGCAACCCACGCUUCCGCUACUGUCUGACCUCGCUGAACGUGCCGCGACGAUGUAUAGGUCUUGCAAGGCGCCGUGUGGGCAGAGGCGGCAGGAGUUUAUUGGACAGAGCGCACACAGACAUAGACGACAUCUGUCAGAGCCUGGACUCUGACCCGGAGCCCGAAUCACUCUCCUCGCCACUUCCAAGUUCUCCGCUCCGCAACUCCAACGCCAGUACCUCAGAAACCAAUACCUCGGCCCCAGCCAGCUCCUCCCGCCCUCUCUCCUCUUCAUCACCUCUGACGUCAUCAUCGACACCUCUGGACCUCAGCCAGAUUCUUUUGAACAUUAAAGCGUGCCGCUGGAGGCACUUCAGACCACGGACGCUAUCCCAUCACCCCUUGGGUGGAGGAGAUUUGUCUCGCAGAGGAUUUAGGGAUUUUAGCUGGACUGUGUCAGGACUAACCCGGACACUCUCUGGAGGAGCCAGCUCCCAGAACCGGACCGGCCCAGCCCCCAACCCUGUCAAUGUGUUCACAGCGGAGCAGUACCAGCAGCACCAGGAGCAGCUGGCCCUCAUGCAGAAACAGCAACUGGAGCAGAGCCAACAGCAGCAGCAACAAGCCAACAACCCUACAACAACUACCAACACACAGGCACUCGUGUCCAAGACUCUGGACCAGGCCAGCGCCCAGUUUGCUGCUUCAGCCCUCGUCACCACAGACCAGCUGCUGACGUUCAAGUCCAAAGAGGAGCUGGUGCUGGCGAGCGGAGUCAACGGGGUCCUGGCAGGAGCAGGUGUUUUCAAAGGCUUACACCUGUCCAGCACCACCGCUGCCCUCCACCAGACCAACCAGACAACACACUCAACCACCUCCGUGGCCCAGACUUUCCUCCAACCCUCCUCCAUCUCCAGCACCCCGGCAGCCGUCAACGCCGUCCCCACCUCCCUCACCUCCACCCCCAGCGCCCACGCAGCAGCAGCGCUCGGGAUCCUGGGAUGCAGCCCCGCCAACGCCACCCCCGCCACCACUCAGGUCCUCAUUGGGAACAACAUCUGUUUGAGCGUGCCGUCAGCCGCCAGCCUGGCCGGACGUCACAUUCCCCGGACCCUCGGCAACGUGCCGCCCUCUGCCUUAAAGCUGUCCGCCGCCACCAACAUGCAGAUGCCCAAAGUUUCUGGAGCAUCGCCCAUGGACCUGGGCUCAAGGGAUAAUCACGACGAAGACAAGCCAGCACUGAACAGUAUAGCAGACAACACAGUGGCCAUGGAGGUGACGUAGUAGCGGUGCAGCGAGGAGUCCGCUCUUCAGGUGCUGUGCAUCGUAGCAUCGGGAAUGCAAAGGGACAGCAGGACUCUGAUGCAGAAAGACAGAACGGACGAGAGGCCGCCAUAGGCCGCUCGCUUGCAAUUCUCAUCUCUCAUACUUUUUAAACCUUUAUUUUUGUUUUGUUUUUGUUACUGUUAAAAAUACAAGAUUGACAUGUGUAAAUUAUGAAUAUGGCAAAAUUAGUAUCUGUACAGUAACUACAUAUUUGUAAUAUCCCCUUGUAUAUAUAUUACUUGAAUACAGAACUGUCCAUUUGUGAUGUUUUGCACUUGGGAGUCAAACUUAAAGGAAAAAAAAGAUAGCCAAGUAACUUGUGGCGAGUGUGAGAGAUGUGGGAGUUGUAUAGACAAAGAGUUUUUAUCACAUCAUGUGCAUGGUGCGGAGCCUGCUGUUUUUAUCUAUUUAUUGUGCUGUGUUUACAGUUUUUUUGUUUUCGGUUUGUUUUGUUUAAUUUUUUUAUUUGUACACUGUACCUUCGUUGGUUCCUGUGCUGUAGUAAAUGUUAGGUAGCUACGGACUCCUGGGUAUUUUUGUAUAUUGUGAACACAAAGCAGGUCCCCCACCCCCCACCCACAUUUCUUUUGGGUCCCUGUGCUUCUCUCUGUGGAUCAUGUGAAAAUCAAUGGUGACAUACAUACAGACCAGGAGAGCCAGGAGGAGGAGGAGGAGGAGGAGGAAGUGAAGAGGAGGAGGAGGGUGGCCGUGGUUCACGUAAAGAGAGGUGCUCCUCUCUUCCUGGGAGCUUCCAUUAACAUUUUCCCAAACACAAGUAACAAAACAGGGAUGAAGUCUCUUCCCAGAAGCCUUUGCUGCUUCUGAUUAAAGCACUAUUUUUUGUGAUGUUUCUGUUUUUCAUGGUUUUGAUAAAUAUCAAUGCUGCUUUUGUAUUUUUGUUUGUUUUUAAAGGGGUUGUCCUUCAUUUUUCAUGCAAGCAGAGUCUCCCCUUUCUAUUUGUUUUAUCCCACCAACAUUUUUGUAAAACAAAUUCAGUUAUUUUUGUAUUUUUUAUUUCCUCGUUCUUGUGGUAAACUUGAUUGUAAGCUUUUCGUUUCUUGAAAGACUUCAUUCUUUUGUUCCUUUGUUACUUGGUCAUGCAUAGGUGAUAAGGGAGGUGAAUGGGCAGUAAUCGCUGUACGUGUUUCAUCAUUCCAGUUUUUAAAAACAAAAAAUGCUAACGAGGGGACGGAGAGAUGGCUGAUGAAAAAAAAAAACACAUCUGUUUUCUCCUCUCUCUCUUCCCCUUUCCUUUUUCUUUUUCUUUUCUUUUUUUCUUUGAAAAAAGAAUCUCCAGACGGCUGCAAGGCCAAAAACCACAAGUAUUGGGUGCCUUCCUUUGGGGAAUUUAAUGUUUUCUCUUCUGUGAAGAGUUAGGCACAAAGGCAGCAUUACUUAGUAGUGCCUCUCGUCUUUGUCUGAAUCUGAAUGCCCAGUCCAAUGGCAGGAUAUAUCCUUGAGGUUUACUUGUCCCACCUGGAGGCUGAAAAGACUAAAAAAAUGUGACAGAACUCUCACUAAAAUAAGACAAUAAAGCCCAGGGCAUUAAAUGUGAA